AUGUCUGACAUCAAUACUUUCCUUCAUUUUUGUUUAAUUCAAAAAGAUACUUCUAAAUUUCUAGUAUUACCUUCAUUACCAAAUCCAUUUAAUUAUGAUAUUAAAAACUUAGCGUUUUAUAGUUGUUCAGAUGUACCUUCAUGUCAAAUACAAAUUCAUUUUCAUCCGUCAAGGGAUGUUUAUGGAAUUCCAUUAGGAGUUAUUAGUUGUUCAUUAUCAUCAAAAAUUUCAGUAGCUAUUUUAACAAAUUCUCCAUUUUUAACAUAUUUUUCAACGAGAUUACAAAGAAUUAGUCAAUUUUUUUUAACACAACCAGGUAUUUCAAAAGAAAUAUUUAUUCAAGGAUAUAAUUUAUUAGUUAGUAGUGUUGUUCCAUCUCCUGCACCAAUUGAAAUUGAAACAGCAUUUGGAGUAGAUCAGUCAUUAACAAGAUUAUUAAAUAAAUAUUCAUCAGAAUUUCCAACAUUAUUAAAACUAUUAUUAAUAGAAAGUAAAACUAUUUUUUUAAGUACUAAUGAUUCAAGUAGUUUAAUGAUGUAUGCAUUAGCAAAUUGUAUGCCUGGAUUAAUUACACCAUUUACUGAUAUUUUAUCAAUUUGUGGAGUUGAUGUAAUAAAUCCAUUAUUAGAACUUUCAUUACCUUUUAAAAACUAUUCAACAAAUUCUUUAUUUUUCUCUCUUCCAUUAGUUUCUUUAAAUAAUAUAAUUGGAAAUCAAACAGGUUUUAUGGCAGCUGUAUGUAGUUCUGUAUUAAGAACACGAAGUGAAAAUAUUGAUGUUAUUAUUGAUAUUGAUAAUUCAAAAUUAAUUUGGAAUAAUAAACAACUCCAAAAAAUUGUUUCUUGUACUUCAAGUGAUAAAAAAUUUUCUAAAUAUUUAGUUGAUAAAAUAAGACAACAUAAAUCACUUCAUACAUAUGAAGGAAGUGAGCAUUGGUUAUUAAUGAAAAGUGCAUUAUAUAUAAUACAGUUUUUAUCAAUGAUGUGUUCAUUUGAUAUAUUUUCUGAUAAUGAGACAUUACCAAAAAAUAUUCCAAAUUGUCAAGAUUAUGGAACUGAUUUUGUUAAUGGUUUUUGUAAAACUAAAGGAUUUUAUGAAUGGAAGAAAUCUCUUAUGUUAUCAGGUAAAGCAAAAAAAAUGACAGAAUUAUUUGAACCAAGUCAUCCUUGUAAUAAAUUAUUUAAUGAAUCUAAACAAAAAUUAAUUAGAGGAACUAUUUACGAUUAUGAACAACUCUUUAAAAUGAACGUUUUAAUUCAAAAAUCUGAAAUACAUUCAAUAAAUACAACUACUAAUGAAAUAGAUUUAGAAUUAGAUGAUUCAAUUGAUUUGUAA